AUGAGGUCCUUCAUAGCGCUCUCAGCGCUGCUAGCAGUUGCAACAGCACAAUCGGUCACAGCCACAGGCGCCUCACAGUCGUUCGACAUCCUACCAACAUCGAUGCCGACGCCAUCGUCAAUAGACGACAUUGACCUUGACCCCACGACCACAGAGAAUGUCUCUGGACCGAUAGAGACCGACCAGGCCUGUGGGGAUAUAGCCGAAUUGGUGGCGGAUGAAUUCUCAGAGUUCCCAGUCGUGGAUGCUGCACUAGCAUACGCAUGUCUCAAGUCACUGCCGUUCUACUCAACCGACGCGUCUUCGACAGUCGAUGAGAUCAAGAAGAUGGUGGAGUUCCAAUCGACGCUCAACUACCUCAAAGACCCACCAAAAGGAUGGCCGAACGAAGCCGUUGAUAUCGUCGCUGGCCUAGACAACAUCAAGAGCAAUGUCGAAUCUGGACAAUAUAGCAAUGAAUACGACUUCGAAAACGACAUUGCAUCUUUGAUGGUCAAGGCGCACGAUGGACAUCUCGGCUGGAACGGUAUGGCAUACGCGGGAGUCUUCAGAUGGCGACGAAGCAGCGCUUUCGCUUUGAUCUCCGCAUCAAGAGACGGUAGCGAGUUACCCCAGAUCUGGGCUUUGGAGGACUUCAAUGGCACUGUUGAUUACGAUCCGUCGCCCGUUACACAAAUCGACGGAAGAGAUGUUGUACAGUUUCUGACGGACGAGGCGGUUCUGAACUCUUACCAUGAUCCGGAUACGCGGUACAAUGCCAUGUUGUUCUCGCAAUCAGCAGAGAACUACGGGUAUUUUACCAGUCCGAGGUUUUACCCCGGUGCUACCACCAAUGUCACAUUUGAGAAUGGCACAACCGAUACGUACAGUAAUGGUGCUAUUGUCUUAGAUGCUGAGAGUUGGAGCUAUGUCAGCGAUGCCGAUUCAUUCUAUGAUACGUACAUUAGACCUGAGACGAGCUCAACGAGGGUCAAGAAGAGGGAUCCCACUAAGCCGCCCCUACAUUUGGAGAACCCGCGCGAUCAUGAGUUCAGGGGUACUUUUGCGCAACAACACGGUUCUGUGCCAUUGCUUUACCCAGAUCCGGUUGUUGUGCACUCGGCAGAUGAAGUGCCUUUGGCCGGUUUCUUCAUCAACACUGGUGCCGGCGAGAUCGGCGUGCUUGUAGCGACGACGUUCAUGACCGUGGAUGUUACGAGUGCCCAGGAGUUCCAAGCCGUAAUCCAGGAGUACAUCUCACAGGCUCAAUCCCGUGGCGUAGAGAAACACAUUAUCGAUUUACGUGCCAACAAUGGUGGUAAAGUACUUUCAGGAUAUGACAUGUACCUGCAAUUCUUCCCGUCCCAGGAACCGCAAACUCAAAAUCGGUACCGCGGACACCGAGCCAGCGAAGUCUACGGCGAGAGUCUUUCCAGCUUCGAAGAGAUCAACCUACUCAAUGCUGAACUCUUCACGAGCCCCUUCAGCAACGACGCCUACCUCUCUUCUACUGGCGAAGAUUUCUCGGACUGGAAAGCCAUGUACCCACCCGAGCGGUUCAACGACGACAAGUUCACCGCUCUACUCAAAUACAAUCUGAGCGACCCACUGACAACGAGCAACGAGCGCACCGCCGUCGGUAUAACCAUGACAGGCUACAACGAGCGAAGCAAUUUCACCACGGACCCAUUCCGUGCCGAAGACAUCAUCCUACUAACCGACGGCGUCUGCGCCUCAACAUGCUCCAUCUUUACCGAACUUAUGGUCCAACAGUCUGGCGUACGCAGCCUAGCCAUCGGCGGCCGCCCAAGCCUUGGUCCAAUGGUAGCCGUCGGUGGCACAAAGGGCACCCUAGUGCUCCCCAGCCUUUACAUGGAAGUCCUCUCCGAAUACGUAACCGCGCAAUUCGCCUCUUCCCGCUCAGAAGCUAAUGACUGGGCCGAGUUUCUUCCAACAACCGCACCCAUCGCCGUGAUUGAUGCUAGCGUCAACUUCCAGGAUAACAUCCGUGCGGGCUUUGAGUCAGCAGGCGUGCCAACACAGUUCCUCAACGACACGGCGAGUUGCCGGAUUUGGUAUGAGCCCGAGGAUUUCUUCAAUGUAACGAGGUUGUGGGACAGGGUGGCGGGUGUGGCGUUUGGAAACAACGGAGGCCUGGAUGAGGGCGCUUGUGUGGCGGGGAGUGUAACGAAUUCAGAGCAGCAGCAGGGCAAAGGAGAUUCGAAUCCGGAGAGUACGGGGGAUGGAAGUGCACAAGGGGGUGACGACGACGAGGAUGCGGCGAGUGGACUCAGAGUAGGCUGGAUGCAUCUGCUUGUCUCAGUGGGCGCUGUUGCGCUGACUAUCUGUCUGAUGUAG